AUGACGCCUGUGGUCAUUUGCCUUUCUGGUAAACGAAAAUGUGGUAAAGAUUUUGUUGGAAGUUUGUUGGCUAAUCGGUUAGAAAGAAUUGGUUAUAAAGUUAUCAUUUGUGGUAUAAGUUAUCCACUAAAAGAGGAAUAUGCCCAGUUGAAUGGUAUUGAUGCUGAACGAUUGAAAUAUGAUGCACAGUACAAGGAGAUAUAUCGUCAAGAUAUGAUUUCAUGGGGUGAAGGGAUACGAAGCCAUGAUUCUGGAUAUUUUUGCAGGAAAGUUUUAGCAAAAGCAAAUUCAGUUGAUGUAUUAAUUGUGACUGAUUGUCGACGACUUUCUGAUGUUGAAUUUUUUAAGAUACAUUGUGGUCCUCGUUUAAGAUUGUUACGUAUCGAAACAACUUUACCAGUCCGGGAAAUGCGUGGUUUUGUAUUUAUCAAGGGAAUUGAUGAUCAAAUGACUGAGUGUGGUCUCGACGAUUAUACUGAUUGGGAUAUUGUAAUUACCAAUGAUGUUCAAAUUGUAAAUGGAAUAUUACCAACUAAUUUAGAAGAAUGCUUAACUGAUCUUUCUUUUGAGAUAAGUCAAUUAUUGUUGAGUCGAAAAUGA